UUUCCGUUGGUAGGCUAGGUUUGGUUCUCCUUGAGGUCAAGAAUCUGUCGUCGGCUUCUGUUGAGGCAUUAGCAUAGCGUCCUAGGACCGCUAAUGUCUACGUUGUCAGCUAAAUAGAUUCUCGAGUCUUAACACCGCCGUCUACGUUUCAUUCAGACGAGCAGUUAUGUUUCAAGCACACUGCAGUAGCGGCAGCGGAGGCAGUCGCGCAGGAAUUUGGAUUUCCGGUCACGACUCGUUCAAAUCAUCGUCUCAGUCCGCCUCACCGCUGCACAGAACAAAUCCCGCCGGAUUCGACUGGGAAAACUUCUGGCGUGAUUCUCGGCAUCCCCUAGGUUACCAGCCGUGCGGGGUCGAAGCGUUUCGAGCUAGGUCGCAGUCGCCAGCCGACGACGGAAAAACCGUCGCCGACGUCGCUAGGCCCGUUUGCGCCUAUCAGGGCUCUGGAACGAUUCUUUGGGGCUCUUUCGCGAAUGCCGCUAAAGGUUGCGAACCCGAAAAGCCGUUUCCCGAGGAGCCGAAGCAGCAAGCGGCGAAUGGAGUCAUUCGCGAGCGCGAAGGGGUCGUCCCUUGCGUUGGCUCCGCGAAACCCGCCGGGUCGGCCGCUGCUCGAAACUUAGGUGACGCUAGCCGCUGUAGUAACGACGGGCUGGACUUGUCGCGUCACCGCACUGAACCGGCCGUUGACGAUAUUUUUGCUGCACGCGGGAAGGCUCUCGGGUGCGGUUUCGACGAGGCUUACCUGACGGCUGUACGGGAGAAGUGCUUCGCCGCUGGUGAGGAGCAUGAUGUGGUAUUCGAGAAAACUAGGGAUUUCGCAUCCGUCUUCGGCGGAAGCGUAAAGUCCGCAGGCGCUAGGGUGCGGUCGGGGGGAGCGAGAGUGCUGGUCGGAGGCGGAGAUGACGUGGCAAUGGCGGUAGCGGGGGAGUUGGAGGUGGAAGCGGAGGAGUUUUUCCCCUGCGAUGCGGAGCAUGCGGGCGUUGGGGGGCUUGCGGGUCGGUCUGCGAGUCAGCGACGAGAUUGCGGUGGUAACAAUGGCGUGUGGCGAAACGGAGUCGAUGCUUCGCAUCGGGAUGAGAUGUGGGCCGACAUGCUCUGGCAGGAGCUCGAACAAGCGUCGGCCAGCCAGCCGGUUACUUUGUCGGUCGGCGCUAAAUCGAACGGCGAGAGGGCGACGCACCGUCAACCUUCUGACGCCGCGUUUCAAGGCGCAGAGUCACCGAAGUGCGACCCACAACCUCUAGGGUUGGGGGAAAAAAUUAACGGAAGAGAGAGCAAGAAAGAGGAGGCGGAGGGGGAUCCUCUUGGCGGCUUGCGCCUGGGGACCGGGGGAGCGGGUUGCGGCGGUCAGGGCUAUCGGUUUCCCAGUGGCGGCAAUAUCGAGGGGCAUCAGAAGCGGCCGGAGCAGAACCCAAGGGGAUGUGCGGAUGGAGUGACUGUACGCGAUGUGACUAUGGGCUUGCGAAGUGGCGGGGAUGGGCAGUAUAACGGGAGAAGCUUAUUCGGCGGGGAUCGUACGGGUGUGAUUGAAGCGAAACCGUCAGGAGCCGUGAGAGACGAGGGGAAGAAAGACCCGUCGAAGGUCGAUGAGGGGGAGAGCGAGAGGGAGGGAGACGAGGCGGUAAGAGACGGGUUUCAGGGGGGGGAGGAGGGAGGGCAGGAAGGGUGGGAGAAGAUUGUUAGCGUGGGAGAGGAGCUCUGUGCGCAGGAGCAGCAGCCGCAGCAGGCAGCACAGCACCGCCAGCACCACCACGAGGAGCCGCAGCCGCAGCAGCUUCGGCAUCAGGCUUUUGAGUCGUCCCGGAAUCAGCAGCCGCAGCAGCAGCAGCAGCAGCAGCAGCCGUCAGUGCAGCACGCGUCCGGCGGCGACGCACAUCACCCCGUGGAGUAUCGAGUCACGGCGUGCGAGGUAGGCCGCCGCCCGCCUGCCUGGAAGCCGGCGGCGUCCGCUGGGCACUUAAUGCCCGAUGACCACCUCACUCUUAAGGCGUUUCUCAAGGGCGGCAAACGGCGGCACGCGGGGAGCGUUGGGCGCGGCGCGCAGACGUGGCGUGUGGAUGGGACUGGGGACGCGAAGCGAGUGGCGGAGGGGCUUGCGGAGAUGGAGCGGGUGCGGCUCAAGAUGCGCGCAAGUGCUCCCACAGAUGGGGUGGGUCAGUGGGGGGAGGAGCGGUGGGCACACGAGCUACCGCAGCAGCAGCAGCAGCAUGGAUGGCAGGGGCAACAGGAGCAGCAGGGGCAGCAGGGGAGCGGUGAAAUGCCUGGUGCGGGGCGUCCUCUGUCGUGCGCCGCGGUCCUCCUAGACCGCUCUGCCUGGCGCGCCUGGCGUUCCCCCCACCCUGCCUCCAGUUCGCCGAACCCCCGCGCUGCUACUGCUACUACUACUGCCACUCCCGUUGCCGACGCGGCCGUUGUUUCCGUUGAAGGCGCUACAGCCGCUGUUGGCGCCAUUCUGGCUUUCCCUGCCGCGGCCGCCGCAAAGGGCACUGGAACGCCAGGGGAAGGGCUUGCGCGGAGCGACAGUGCACGGAAGGGCAAAGCGGCGAUGGCGGACGAGCCUGGCGCGCAACCUUCCGCACCUUUGUUCGGGUUCGACCGGUGCGCCAGCAGUGAGUGCACUGGCGGGUCAUCGCGUUCCCAGGGGGAAAGCUCCAGAGGCUCGCGGCUAUCGGGCGGAGAGGAGAGGAAGGGGAAGGGGAAGGCUUCUGCCGCUGGCGGUGAUGUUGCUGCUAUUGGUGCUGAUGGUGCUGCUAUGACCCCUGCAUCCACUGGGGGAAAGACGGCCGCGCACGCCGCUACAGGCGGAGGGGAGAGCGGGAAGCGGAGAGGAGAGGUGCGCGCAGACGCGGGAGACGCGGGGGGAAAGGGGGCGCGGCAGAAGAGCGAGAAGGCGAAGCAGAUGGAGCGGAAUCUCAAGGUGGCUUCCGCGCAGCUUCUCACUCUGCAGAAAUGGGACGAGGGGUCGCGUGACCUGGCGGUGCGGUGGGCCGUGUGGCUGCUGAGGCUCAUCCGCAAGUCCGCCCCCACGCCCCCCCCGCCCUCCGUGCGCCUCCUCCUCUUCUCCUCUAUUCUCAUGACCCUCCCCAGGAUCGCUGACUCCCUCCUCCCCCUCACCUCCCUCCCGGGCCUCGCCUUCUCCCGCGCGUCAGGGUCGGUGCCCGGUUCGGCAGCAGGUUCGGCGAAAGGCUUGGCGGCAGGUUCGGCGGCGUCCGGGACUGAGGCGGUGCGGCGGAUGCUGCGGAGCGUGUGCGCGCUGGUGGGCGCAGUGGGGAGGAGCCAGGUGUGCUUCGCGCCCCUGCACUGGGAGAUCCUGCAAGAGCCGCUGGAUAGAUGCCGGUCGCUCCAUGCGUCUGCCUCUAAAGGUGUCGCUCAAGCCAAGGCCGCGCCUAGCGCUGCCACCGCCGCCAUUGCUGCUGCUGCCCAUGCUGCUGCGGCUGCGGCUGCCGCUGCUGCUGCCACUGCUGCUGCUGCUAUUCCUACUGCUCCUGCUUCUGCGAUUACUGCUUCUGUAGAUGCUGCGGUGACAGGGAAAUGGGCCCAGCAGGGGGCGCAGCACGAGGCACAGCAGGGGGCGCAGCACGAGGCACAGCAGGGGCCACAACACGAGGCACAGCAGGGGCCGCAGCACGAGGCACAGCAGGGGCCGCAACAGGGGCUCAAGAGGGGCCGGAGUGUCCCGGGCGACUUUGCUCCUCCAGUUGCUGCUGCUGCUUGUGAUGCUGCGAAUGCUGGUGGUGCCUGUGCCGUCGCUGCGGCAAGCACCGCAGGGGCGGAAAAGGUGGUGAACGAGCCUGCAAAGCGCGCCAAGGGGGAUGGUUGUGCGGCCAGGCAAGAGGUGCCGGCAGCACCACUGGGGGCGUCUGCAGCCGCUGUUGGAGCGCCGAAACCAGUGGCAGCCGCUGUUGGAGCGCCGAAACCAGUGGCAGUCGCUGUAACAGCAGCAGCAGCACCGCCAUCAGUGGCAGCAGCAGCAGCAGUGGUUGAGCCUGCGAGCUCUCGGGUGCAGUCUUCGUCGUUCCGGAAAGGACUACUGAGCUUCAGAUCAUGGGCCGCGAAGAGGAAAGGGGCAGCAGAGGAACGGUCGGAAGCUCAUGCUUCUGCCCCUCCUGCCCCUCCUGCCCCUGCUGCCCCUCCUGCCCCUGCUGCCCCUGCUGCCCCUCCUGCCCCUCCUGCCCCUCCUGCCCCUGCUGCCCCUGCUGCCCCUCCUGCCCCUGCUGCCCCUCCUGCCCCUGCUGCCCCUCCUGCCCCUCCUGCCCCUCCUGCCCCUGCUGCCCCUGCUGCCCCUGAUGCCCCUCCUGCCCCUGCUGCCCCUCCUGCCCCUGAUGCCCCUCCUGCCCCUGCUGCCCCUCCUGCCCCUCCUGCCCCUGCUGCCCCUGCUGCACCUGCUGCUGCUAGCGGAGUUGCUGCUGGCGGUGCUGGUGUGCCCAUGCCCCCCUGCUCUCACCCAGCGUCUGCCAUCGAGUCUUUCCAGCCUCACGCCUUGGAACUUGCUCUUGCUGCGCCUCGUGUGCCUGCUGCUGCUGCUAUUGCACCUGCUGCUGCUCCUGCUGCUGCUCCUGCUGCUGCUGCUGAUGCUUCUCCUGCAGCGGGUGCUGCUAUCAACCCUCUGUCACACCACGCAACGGCUCCCCUGCCGCCCCACUCGCGCCGCGCGUUUGGGUCGGCGCAGCGGCGGCGGCAGAAGGCGGUGGAGCAGCAGGCCAAGGAGAUCUGCAGCGGGCUCUUCUCGCCGUACGGGCGGCAGGCCCUGUCCGGUAGUGGCGCCAGUAGCAAAGGGCCUGUUGGUCCUCUUCCUGCUGCUGCUUCUCCUUCUGCAUCUGCAUCUGCGUCUGCCUCAGCAGUGCACAAGGGCACGUCGGCCCAUAAGGCCACAUCAGUGUGGCUGGGAACGCCUCUGGCUGCAGGCAUGGGCGCGAAGAUCGCCGUGGGCGGGAGGGGCAGCGCCAGCGCUGUCUACCGUGAGCUGUCCUCCCGCUGUGGCUCCACUGGCGGGUGGAGGAGCGGAGGGGCGGGGGAGGGGGGAGACGAGCAGGUGCAGGAGGGGGAGAGUGUGAGGGAGGGGGCGGUGAGUAGUGGAGUCGGGAGGACGGGGAAGGAGAGGGGAUCAGUGGGGUAUGCGGAGUGGAGUGCGAGGAAUGUGGCUCAGACUGAGGCGAGCCCCGUGCCUUACUUCUGGUCCGGGGUUUACCGAACCUGCAGUUCUGGUUUGGCAGGCAGCAGUGGGCUGCGUGCCUGGCAGAAGGGGAAAGCCGAUAUAACAGGCCUGGUAAAGUCAGCAGCAGCAGCAGUAGCAUCACCUAAGGCGUCUGAUGCUGCCGCUGCUUCCCCAGCUGCUGCCGCUGCCACCCGCCCCACUGCCACUCCAGUGACAGCCUCAGGAGUGGCAUCUGGUGCCGCUGUUGAUGCUGCUGCUGUUGGCAGUGGCGCAGGCGCCGGUGCUGGCUGUGGUAACGGCGUUCCAGCAGGCAGCGGGGUCAGCAGAGCAGAAGAGGGCCCUCGUUGCAAUGCCCGGAUUGGCGUGAGCGGGGACACAGCCACUGCCACUGCCACUGCCACUGCCACUGCGGAGGAAGUGCCAGAAAAGGACUUGGAUCCGGCUGUAGCGGAGGACUUGGAUCCGGCUGUAGCAGCCAAGGUUGCCUCUCUGUCGUCCCUCUUUUCCUCCCGCUACUCCUCCCCCACCCCCCUGGGUACCAUGGGCGCCCCGUCCCGCCCGUCUGUGUCUGCCUGUGCGGGCCUUAGCCCACAGCAGUACCACCCGUACCAGCUGCACCCGAACCAGCAGCAGAGGAGAGGGCGGAGGGGGUUGCAGAUGCAGGAGGGGUGGCAGCAGCAGUGGCAGCAGCAGCACGGGGCGUAUGGGCAGCAGCAGCAGCAGCAGCAGCAGCAGCAGCAGCAGGGAUUGCCAGGCAAGCAGCAGUACGGGUUGCAUGCACAGCAGCAGGGGUUGGUGGGGCGGCAGCAGUGGAGGAGCAUGUCUGCUGCCCCUCUGGGGCGGAUAGACGAGCAGCGGCAGGAGGAGGAAGAGCAGCAGCAGCAGCUGCACCGGCAGCAGCAGCAGCAGCAGCAGCAGGGGGAGGAGCAGCAGGGGCAAGGGCGGGAGCAGGAAGACCAGGAUCAGCAGGUUGGGAAAGAGCAACUGGGAUCAAGACUAGGCGCUGCUGUAGCAGGAGCUACUGUAGCAGGAGUUGCCACGGGGGCUACAACCGGGACAGGGACGAUGGGAACACUGGGCACUGUGGGGAGCACGUACACAGGAUGCACGUACACAGGGUGCACGUCUGGCAGCACGUGGGUGCAGGAUGGGGGUGAGGGCCCUGCCAUGGUGUCCCGGCCGCGAUCGAGGCGGAAGAAGAUGGCCAAGCGGGAGUGAAGGGAAGCUCACAGAGGGUAUGGGUAUGGUAUGGUGAUAUACUGGUAGGACCCUGCCUUACUUCUGGUCGGGGUAUGGUGAUAUACUGGUAGGACCGUGCCUUCUGGUCGGGGUAUGGUGGUGAUAUACUGGCAUCCUCUUUAGUGCAUAGUGUCCCUAAGGGCUGGUUUACUUGUGGCGAGGUUGUCAGCAUUGCAGCGCUAGGAGAAAUUAGAGAAACCAACGCAAUACUGGUUGGGAAAUUGAAGGGUUUGAGCUGCAUUUCUUCUGGAGAAUGGUGGUGGUGAUUCGUCAGCAAUGCGAUAUCUCCUACGUAGUGAAGCUGUUGUGUUAUGUACUAUUUGACUACCAGAGUUGCUUAUACAGA